AUGAUUGAAAUGGUUGCAAAGUCUGGUCGAGAUCUUCCCGGGCUUAAAGAGAGGCAUCCUGAGGCAGAACUCACUCUAAAUACCCGGCGACAUAUCAUCUCUGUUCAUGGUAGCAAAGAGUUGAAACAAAAAGUGGAAGCUAUAAUGUACGAGGUGGCACAGACAUGUGGCUCAGUGGUUCAGAGUGUCGAUGUUGAAACUGCCUGUCCUAUUUGUUUGUGUGAACUAGAGGAUGGUUACCGACUUGAAGACUGUGGACAUGAGUUCUGUCGGUUAUGCUUAGUGGAGCAAUGCGAGUCUGCAAUCAAAAGCCAGGGAGGUUUUCCUAUGCGAGCCUACUACAAUCAAUGA